UAACUAUGGCAUAUACAGUACCACUUAGUGGAGGUUUCCGUGGUCGCAAUGCAAAACGUAAGUUUCCUGGAGAAGGAGCAAGUACAGGGCCUGGGAAAAAGGGUAGGGGUUCUGAUAUGACAGCUCCUAAAUUACCAGCUCAUGGGUAUCCCCUUGAACAUCCUUUUAAUAAAGAUGGUUAUCGUUAUAUUCUUGCUGAACCUGAUCCUCAUGCGCCUUUCAGACAGGAAUUUGAUGAAAGUAGUGAUUGGGCUGGAAAACCUAUUCCUGGUUGGUUAUACAGAGCUUUGAGUCCAAGCACAGUUUUACUUGCUUUGCAUGAUCGAGCACCACAACUUAGAGUUUCAGAAGAUAGACUGGCAGUCACUGGAGAAAAAGGCUAUUGCAUGGUCAGAGCAACUCAUAACGUAAGUAGAGGUACAUGGUAUUGGGAAGCAACUAUUGAGGAAAUGCCAGAAGGAUCAGCUACAAGACUAGGAUGGGGUCAAGAAUAUGCUAAUUUACAAGCUCCACUGGGUUAUGACAAAUUUGGAUACUCUUGGAGAUCUAGAAAAGGUACAAGAUUUCAUGAAAGUAGAGGUAAACAUUAUAAUAAUGGAUAUGGAGAAGGUGAUACAUUAGGAUUUUUGGUAAUUUUACCUGAUACACAUGAUGCUACACAUUUACCAAACACCUAUAAGGAUCGACCCCUAGUAAAGUUUAAAAGUCACCUUUAUUAUGAAGAAAAAGAUCAAGUACCUGAAGCACUUAAAGCUCUAAAACCAGUACAAGGAAGUAAAAUUAUAUUUUAUAAAAAUGGUAUAAAUCAAGGAGAAGCAUUUGUUGAUAUUAACAAAGGAGCUUAUUAUCCUACAGUCUCGAUCCAUAAAAGUGCUACGGUUUCUGUUAAUUUUGGACCCAACUUUAAAUGUCCACCUACAGAUAUUUCAUUUAGAGGGGUGCAUGAUAGAGCAGAGGAAGCAAUAGCAGAACAAUCUAUGGCUGAUAUACUUUAUUUCACUGAAAAUGAGGGAAAAUUAAGACUGGAUACUUUUGCUUUAUGACAUUAAUAAUUAAAUUAGGACCUUGGGAAAUAUGUUUAAAUAGAGGUAGUAACUAUGUACAUGAUUCAAAUAUUGAUAUAAUUAUGC